AUGCAGUCCGCACUUAAGCUUCAACCAGAGCCAGUGCGGGAGACUGCUACUCAUAGGAUCUCUGACAUUCUCGGAAUAGAGUUGCAUGAGUGCAAACGAAGUGGUAACGUAACACUAUCCCAAGACACCUACGUAAGCAAACUACUUGAGCGCUUUGGCGGGGAUAGUGGAAAGAAG